AACGCGAAAACAAGAGGAAGAGUAAUGUGUACACUUUUGUGUCGCUCCUUUUUGGCCAAUUUAACAAUCGAAAAAGUAUAACUACCGGGCAGAUUAGCACUUGUCACCUGCAAAUUCGUCUCGCAAGCGCACACCUGUGUUCGGUGCUCCAACGGAAACCCGCCUUCAGCCAGCCGACGUCGCCAACAGUCAUCGGAUAUGGCACGCCCAAUUUUUCCGAACCAGCAGAAGAUAGCUGAGAAACUAAUCAUAUUGAAUGACCGCGGCCUAGGCAUUCUUACGCGGAUAUACAACAUCAAGAAGGCAUGCGGCGACACCAAGUCGAAGCCAGGCUUCCUCUCCGAGAAGUCGUUGGAGUCGAGCAUCAAGUUUAUCGUGAAGCGGUUCCCCAACAUCGACGUCAAAGGGCUCAAUGCCAUUGUAAACAUCAAAGCGGAGAUUAUAAAGUCGCUGUCCCUGUAUUACCACACAUUCGUGGACCUACUUGAUUUCAAGGACAAUGUCUGCGAACUGCUCACCACGAUGGACGCCUGCCAGAUUCACCUGGACAUCACAUUGAAUUUCGAGCUAACCAAAUACUAUCUGGACUUGGUAGUGACCUACGUUUCCUUGAUGAUUGUUUUGUCUAGGGUCGAGGACCGCAAGGCAGUUCUGGGCUUGUACAAUGCCGCCUACGAGCUGCAAAACAAUCAGGCGGACACGGGCUUCCCCCGGUUGGGGCAGAUGAUUCUGGACUACGAGGUCCCCUUAAAAAAGUUGGCCGAGGAAUUCAUUCCCCACCAGCGCUUGCUAACCAGUGCGUUGCGGUCGCUGACCUCCAUCUAUGCACUGCGAAACCUGCCAGCAGACAAGUGGAGGGAAAUGCAAAAGUUGAGUCUGGUAGGCAAUCCGGCCAUUCUUCUCAAGGCCGUCCGCACUGACACCAUGUCCUGCGAGUACAUAUCCCUGGAGGCAAUGGACCGCUGGAUAAUCUUUGGCUUGCUUCUGAACCAUCAAAUGCUCGGACAGUACCCGGAAGUCAACAAAAUCUGGCUCUCCGCCCUGGAGUCAAGCUGGGUUGUGGCCUUGUUCCGCGACGAGGUCCUGCAAAUUCACCAAUACAUUCAGGCUACUUUCGACGGAAUUAAAGGCUACAGCAAGCGGAUCGGAGAAGUAAAGGAAUCAUACAACACGGCUGUUCAAAAAGCUGCUUUAAUGCAUCGGGAGCGGCGCAAGUUUCUGCGAACAGCCUUGAAGGAGCUAGCUCUUAUUAUGACCGACCAACCAGGCCUCCUGGGACCUAAGGCAAUCUUCAUUUUCAUCGGUCUUUGUCUUGCGCGCGAUGAGAUCCUAUGGCUCCUCAGGCAUAAUGACAACCCACCUCUUCUCAAAAAUAAAGGAAAGAGCAAUGAAGAUCUUGUAGACCGACAGCUGCCGGAGCUCUUAUUCCACAUGGAGGAACUCCGCGCUCUGGUGCGUAAAUACAGCCAGGUAAUGCAGCGAUAUUACGUGCAAUACUUGUCCGGAUUCGAUGCCACGGAUCUUAACAUUAGAAUGCAAAGUCUCCAAAUGUGCCCGGAAGAUGAAAGCAUAAUCUUCAGUUCGCUCUACAACACGGCCGCAGCCCUGACAGUUAAGCAGGUGGAAGACAACGAACUCUUCUAUUUCCGACCAUUCCGCUUGGACUGGUUCCGCCUCCAAACGUACAUGAGUGUGGGAAAGGCUGCACUUAGGAUCGCAGAGCAUGCAGAUCUGGCCCGUCUUCUGGAUUCAAUGGUUUUCCACACUAGGGUGGUAGAUAACUUGGACGAAAUACUAGUAGAAACCUCGGAUCUUAGUAUCUUCUGUUUCUAUAACAAAAUGUUUGACGACCAAUUCCACAUGUGCUUGGAGUUUCCCGCGCAGAACCGCUACAUCAUAGCCUUUCCCUUGAUCUGCAGCCACUUCCAAAAUUGUACUCACGAAAUGUGUCCGGAAGAGCGACACCAUAUACGUGAGAGGUCUCUGAGCGUGGUAAAUAUAUUUCUUGAGGAAAUGGCCAAGGAGGCUAAAAACAUUAUAACCACAAUUUGCGAUGAGCAGUGCACCAUGGCAGACGCUCUGUUGCCAAAGCACUGUGCUAAGAUUCUUUCCGUACAAUCUGCUCGCAAGAAGAAGGACAAAUCGAAGUCUAAGCAUUUUGACGACAUACGAAAGCCCGGAGACGAGUCGUACAGAAAGACACGAGAGGAUCUGACGACGAUGGACAAGCUGCACAUGGCCCUGACGGAGCUUUGCUUUGCUAUCAAUUAUUGCCCCACGGUCAACGUUUGGGAGUUUGCUUUUGCUCCUCGCGAGUAUCUCUGUCAGAACCUGGAACACCGCUUUUCCCGGGAUCUUGUUGGCAUGGUGAUGUUCAACCAGGAGACAAUGGAGAUAGCCAAGCCCUCGGAGCUGCUGGCCAGCGUUCGAGCCUACAUGAACGUCCUGCAGACAGUAGAGAACUACGUGCACAUUGACAUAACACGAGUCUUCAACAACUGCCUGUUGCAGCAAACACAGGCUUUGGACUCUCAUGGCGAGAAAACCAUUGCCGCUUUGUACAACACCUGGUACAGUGAGGUUCUGCUAAGGCGUGUCUCCGCUGGCAACAUUGUGUUCUCCAUUAACCAAAAGGCUUUUGUGCCCAUUUCGCCCGAGGGCUGGGUACCAUUUAACCCGCAGGAAUUCUCUGAUCUCAACGAGCUGCGAGCACUUGCAGAACUUGUGGGACCUUACGGUAUCAAAACAUUGAACGAAACACUUAUGUGGCACAUAGCAAACCAGGUGCAAGAGUUGAAGUCGCUGGUGAACACCAACAAGGAAGUGCUCAUUACACUGCGCACCAGUUUUGACAAACCUGAAGUGAUGAAGGAGCAAUUUAAGCGUUUACAGGACGUGGACCGCGUGCUGCAACGCAUGACGAUCAUUGGGGUGAUUAUUUGUUUCCGCAACCUGGUGCAUGAGGCCCUCGUUGAUGUGCUGGACAAGCGUAUACCCUUCCUGCUUAGCUCAGUGAAGGACUUUCAGGAACAUUUGCCCGGAGGCGACCAGAUUCGGGUUGCUUCCGAGAUGGCCUCAGCAGCGGGGCUGCUGUGCAAGGUAGACCCCACACUAGCAACUACACUUAAAUCAAAAAAGCCAGAGUUCGACGAGGGUGAGCACCUCACCGCCUGUCUAUUGAUGGUCUUUGUGGCAGUGUCUAUACCAAAACUGGCCCGUAACGAAAAUUCCUUCUACAGAGCCACAAUUGAUGGCCACUCAAAUAACACGCACUGCAUGGCGGCGGCCAUUAAUAACAUCUUCGGGGCCCUGUUUACCAUCUGCGGGCAAAGUGACAUGGAGGACCGCAUGAAGGAGUUCCUUGCUCUGGCCAGUUCUUCCCUACUGCGCUUGGGCCAGGAGUCCGACAAGGAGGCGACAAGGAACCGAGAGUCUAUCUAUUUGCUGCUCGACGAAAUCGUCAAGCAAUCGCCCUUCCUCACAAUGGAUCUGCUUGAGUCCUGCUUUCCCUACGUGCUCAUACGCAACGCGUACCAUGGCGUAUACAAGCAGGAACAGAUCCUAGGGCUGGCACUCUAAAUGGAGGCGAUCUGCGCCCUCUGUGUAUUCCAAAUAAUGCUUAUGUAGUUUAUCCGCCGAUCGAUUGUCGAUCACUAUGCUAAUCUAACAUACUUUAAAACUGUUAAACAUACCCUAAUGUAUUCUAGACUCUGCAUUUUUAUACUCGUACGACUUCGAAUAAAGUGCUUAUAUAACCCAA